GCAUGGCACAACACAUUUUGUCAGCGCUUGUGUGUGUGCUCAAUAAAGCGCGCUAGUUUUCCAAAGUAUGCACCGAACGCGUCGCGUUGCUGUGGUUAGAGCGAAUACGCUAGCUUGUAUAGCGCAUCGUCAAAGCAAGCUGAAGCAAGCAAUUGUCAGCCGAAAAAUGGCUGUCAAAACCAUAUGACUUUGACAGCACCAAAGCAAGCAAGCAAGCUAGCAAGCACAAACGCACACAUACACACAGCAAGCGCACUGACGUUUAGCCGAAGCACGAGGCACGCUUGAGUUUGGAAAAUUUACAAAAAUUCUGUGCUUCAAGCGUUUAAAAGUUAAUAAAAGUGUUGGAAAUUAUUGAAAUUAAAGAAACGCGUAGUACAAAGUGUUGUGAAAAUGUUUGAAGAUCUUCUAAUAGCCGCAAUGAAGCGUUAUCCCUGUAUAUACGAUAAGGGACACUCGGGUUAUCGCAAUAAAGCCAUAACCGAAAUGGCGUGGAAAUCGGUGUCGAUUGCCACAAAGAGGCCAGUAUCACAUUGUCGCAGUCGUUGGAAGAGUUUACGAGACCGUUAUGUUAGAGAAAUGAAUGAUACGGAGAGCGAUCGGCCGGUAUGGAUGUAUAUGGCGGCAAUGUCGUUUAUGAAAAAGUUUGUCAAGAAAAGAGGCACCAACACACGCCUCAGGGAUGACUACUUCAUGGAAACCACAAUGGAUAACUAUUCAAUUGAGGAUUUGUUCGAGGUUGAAGAUGAGAAGGAACCUAAAAAUAAAUCCACCGAUAUGAACAAUUAUGCGGUUGAGGAUAUUUUCAUUGUUGAAAAAGAGCACGAUGAAGCUUUUGAAAAUGAAGAUAUACACACUGAAACUAUUUCGAGCACAAAGCACGAACACUUGUCGGAGGCAAGCGAAGCAGAAGACCACGCCGAAGUUGAAGUUGAAGCAGAGGAAGUUGCAGAUGAUUUUCGCGCCAACACUUCACAAGCGAGCACCUCACAAGCAGCUAAACGUCAAAGCGUUGCGAAAGCACAACGCCCAACGCAGUCACAAGCAGAAGUACAUCCGCUGUCGCAGCCCAAGCUGCAGUCGACGGAACUAACGAAUCAAAUUAACGGUUUAAGGGAAAAUAUUGGCAAUUUAAAUCAAUUAAUUAAUGCAAAUUUGAUUAAAGAGUCUAAAAAUGAGGCAUUCUAUAGAUUCAUCGAAUCGUUUAUGGUUAAACUUGAUGAGAGAGAACAGGAUAAAUUAAAGGUGGAUGUGGUUAACUUGGUGGCGCGUCGACUGGAACAGUCGCAGAGAAAUGAAAAAUAAUUUUUUUUUUAUGAAAAUACUAAAUUUUUAUUUA